AUGGCUAACCAUUGGAAACUCUGUGCCUUCCUGUUGCUGGCCGUGCUGGGCUGUGCACGUGCGGAGCAGUUUGAGGGAUAUUUCUACCCGAAACCGAGCUGCCCACUGCCCGAAACGGUGUACGUCACGCAAACGGAAACGGACUACCAGCGGUACACGGAAACAGUCGCCUCGCCGGUGUACGGCGAUGAGCAGACGGUGGUGUCGUCCGUGUACAUCACCAGCACCUACACGGCAACGGUGCCCGUGUACCAGACCCUCACCAGUACCGCUACCUACACCGUAACACCGCCGCUGCAGCCGGCCCAGACGGUGUACAACACGGUAACGCUGCCACCGAUCGUCUCCACCACGACCGUAGUAACGGCGACCCCGGUGUAUCGCACGCAAACGGAUACGCGCACCGUUACACAGCCUCCCGUAACGCUGCCGCCGCAGGUUAUCUACUCCACCGUCCAACUGCCCCCAGUAACGCGCACGGAAACCUCGGUCUACACCACCACCACACCCGUCAUCCAGACCGUGCAGGACUAUCGCACCGUAACGCUGCCCCCGGUCACACUGCCGGCACAGACCAUCUACUCGACCGUACAGUUACCACCGGUAACGCGCACGGAAACUUCCGUCGUCACGCGCACCAGUCAGGUUGUGCAGACGGUGCGUGACACCGUUACGAUCCCACCGGUAACGCUGCCGGCACAAACGAUCUACUCCACCGUACAGCUGCCACCGGUUACCCGAACCACCACAUCCGUCUACACCACGGCCACGCCCGUCUAUCAGACCGUUACCGAUACGCGCACCGUUACGCUGCCGGGUGUCCCGGUGCCAGCGCAGACCAUCUACAGCACCGUAACGCUACCGGCCGUAACGCGCACCGUCAGCUCGGUCUACACCCAGCCGGGCGGCUUCCAGACCGUCUACGUCACCCAGACGGAGGUGCAGCGCGAUCAGGUGCAGGCCCAAACGAUCUACAGCACCGUAACGCUGCCCGCCGUCACGAAGACCUUCUGUGCACCGACCUAUCUGCCGCCGCAGAACACGCUCGCUGCCUACAACCAGAGACGCUACACGAACGGGCUGUUUUAA